AUGGCAGAUGCCCAGAACAUUUCGCUAGACAGCCCGGGGGGCAUGGGGGCUGUGGCGGUGCCUGUGGUGUUUGCCCUCAUCUUCCUGCUGGGCACAGUGGGCAACGGGCUAGUGCUGGCCGUGCUGUUGCAGCCGAGCCCCAGUGCCUGGCAGGAGCCGGGCAGCGCUACGGAUCUGUUCAUCCUCAACCUAGCGGUGGCCGACCUCUGCUUCAUCCUGUGCUGCGUGCCCUUCCAGGCCGCCAUCUACACGCUGGACGCCUGGCUCUUUGGGGCCCUCGUUUGUAAGGCUGUGCACCUGCUCAUCUACCUCACCAUGUACGCCAGCAGCUUCACGCUGGCCGCCGUCUCGGUGGACAGGUGCGCUGCUCUCCGUAACGCGGGGCGCUCGCGGGCCCUGCGCACGCCGCGCAACGCCCGCGCCGCCGUGGGCCUCGUCUGGCUGCUGGCGGCGCUCUUCUCGGCGCCCUACCUCAGCUACUACGGCACGGUGCGCUAUGGCGCGCUCGAGCUCUGCGUGCCCGCCUGGGAGGACGCGCGCCGGCGCGCCCUCGACGUGGCCACCUUCGGCGUGACGCUACCCGGGGAUGGCGCCAGGCCCGAGUUCUCCGGAGGCGCACGGGCUCAGCUGGGGCUCCAGCCCGGUGGACGCCCCUGGGCGGUGAAAUUGGGUCCACCCAGCUAA